AUGGCUGGAGGCAAACCCCGUGGUCUUAACGCCGCACGAAAGUUGCGAACCAACCGCAAGGACCAGAAAUGGGCCGAUCUUCACUGGAAGCGCCGUGCUCUCGGUACUGCUUUCAAGUCCUCUCCCUUCGGUGGUUCCUCUCACGCCAAGGGCAUUGUCCUGGAGAAGGUCGGUGUUGAGGCCAAGCAGCCCAACUCCGCUAUCCGAAAGUGCGUUCGUGUUCAGUUGAUCAAGAACGGCAAGAAGGUCACUGCUUUCGUCCCCAACGACGGUUGCCUGAACUUCGUGGACGAGAACGACGAGGUCCUCCUGGCUGGUUUCGGUCGCAAGGGCAAGGCCAAGGGUGAUAUUCCCGGUGUGCGAUUCAAGGUUGUCAAGGUCUCUGGUGUCGGUCUGCUUGCUCUGUGGAAGGAGAAGAAGGAGAAGCCCCGCUCUUAA